UGCGGGGUGGGGUGAGGGGUUAGAGGUCGGCGCGGCGCCCGGCGGAAGUGGAAGUGGCCGCGGCGCCGCCUCCCAUUCUCCCGCCGUUCCCGCGUGCGCCCCGCGCUGCUCGGGCCUCGCCGCGCGCCCGUUGCCAUGAGCCUGCCCCUCAACCCCAAGCCGUUCCUGAACGGGCUGACGGGGAAGCCGGUGAUGGUGAAGCUCAAGUGGGGGAUGGAGUACAAGGGCUACCUCGUCUCCGUCGACGGCUACAUGAACAUGCAGCUCGCCAACACAGAGGAGUACAUAGACGGGGCGCUGUCGGGACACCUGGGCGAAGUUUUGAUAAGGUGUAAUAAUGUUUUGUACAUCAGAGGUGUGGAAGAAGAGGAAGAGGAUGGAGAAAUGAGAGAAUAGGUGUUUUGUAUAUCUGGAAAUAAACUUUUUUUUUUUUUUAAUUUUCCACAACUUUGUAA